UGCUACCUAGCUGACUAGCAGCUAGCUGCCGACACAACAACAGCUGAGAGGAAGCAACGCCAGGAAAGCAGAGCAGAUGAGAUCCAGGAUUCAUAAUAAGAUGUGUUUGAGCCGGGCCCUUCUCACCGGCUGGGUCUUGCUGCUGGUCCAGGUGCUGUGUUUAGAGGCAGUGCCCAUCAGUAUGGAUAAAACAAAAGUCCACGUGCCAGAGAAAAAAGAACCAGAAGAGCCUCCAGCAGCUAGCGUGGACACUGGACUCCACUAUGACCGCUACCUCAGGGAAGUCAUCGAUUUUCUAGAGAAAGAUCAGCAUUUCAGGGAAAAGCUCCACAACACAGACAUGGAAGACAUCAAGCAAGGUAAACUGGCCAAAGAGCUGGACUUUGUCAGCCAUCACGUCAGAACCAAACUGGAUGAGUUGAAGAGGCAGGAAGUAAACCGACUCCGAACUCUGAUUAAGGCAAAGCAAGACCUUGAAGGAGGGAACGACAUAGCAGUGGACCACCAGGCUCUGCUGAAACAGUUUGAGUACCUGAACCACAACAACCCUCAUACGUUUGAAGUGGAUGACCUGGAUCGGCUCAUCAAAUCGGCAACAAAUGAUCUGGAGAACUUUGACAAAGACAGACACGAGGAGUUCAAGCAGUAUGAGAUGACGAAAGACCACGAUAGACGGGAACACCUGAAGACACUGGACGAUGACGAGAGAAAGAAAGAGGAGGAGCACUAUGACGAGCUGAGGAAAAAGCACGCCGACCACCCUAAAGUCAACCACCCGGUGAGUCUGUCUCAGUUCCUCUCCCCCUCCUUUUGCUGCAUGGUGUUGCAGUGA